UUAAUAUAGGUACCUAGUAAUAAAUAUGAAUUGCUAAGUUGCUGGUACAGAGAUUUUAUAUUAGGUGAGCAUAUUGGUCACCGUGCCACUGGUCAUAUAGUCUGAUGUCCUUAAAAAUUAUCUAAAGUUUUAUAGAUAUUCAAAGGUUUAUGUGACAUGAAAAUAUGAUUACAGAGUUUAACAUUCAUCUCUGACUACCCAUUGAGACACAGAACUAAUAGGUAUAAACCUAUAUGUAUAUACUAUUAAUAAAUCGUUAUCAUUUUUAAGCUGAGAUUAAGCGUAGCUUAAAUACUUCGAAAUAUAGGCAUGAUUAAUAGAAUGCACACAAUGUCAUCUUGAGUGAUAAGCAUCUAAAAACAGUCGUUUUCAACCUUCAACACGUGGACGAGUUAUGCCAUAUUCAUUUGUUAUUCCGGAUCGAUUGACUACUUAUAUAAAAUUGGGAAAUCAUCUUACUUAUUUGCUAUGUCAGCAUGAAAACCUGUAUUACUGACUGAAUGAUUACAGCAAAUUUUACGUCUUAUCUAACGUUUAUGCCCCCUAUUUAUCGGUCGGUAGGACUUAAACUCGCCACUCGACUAGGCAAUUGUAGUGUUGAUCACAACGUGAGGUGAUUCGCAAUUCGCAACAGCAGUUUACUUCUAUUGAUCGGUAAAGUACUCUCGCAAUGGGUUUUUUCAGCGCCGUGUGUACGUCCACAGCAAGGCUUGAUGGCAAAACGGCAGUCAUUACAGGAUGCAAUACUGGUAUUGGAAAAGUCACAGCUAAGGACUUCUUUGAAAGAGGGGCUCGAGUAAUAAUGGCAUGCAGAGACACGCAAAAGGCAGCAGCUGCAGCUGACGACAUUAAGUCUUCUUGCCAAUCAACAGCCAAACUCGGAGAACUAGUGAUAGAACCGUUGGACCUGACAAGUCUGCAAUCAGUCCGCAAUUGUGCUAAUGCAAUUUUGAGCAAGGAACCUUCAAUUGAUCUGCUGGUAAAUAAUGCUGGCAUAAUGACCUGCCCAGAAGGGACAACAAAGGAUGGUUUUGAAACACAAUUUGGGACUAAUCAUUUGGGACAUUUCCUCUUUACGAUGCUACUCUUGCCGAAAAUUAUUCAAAGCGACCGAUCGAGAAUAGUCACUUUGUCUUCUCUGGCCCAUGAUCGAGGCACAAUUGACUUUGAUGACUUGAACUUCAAAACGCGACCGUACAAUGCGGGGCAAGCUUAUAGCCAGAGCAAAUUAUCCAAUGUUCUUUUCAGCAGCGAACUGGCUAGAAGACUCAAGGAAGCAAACAUCAAUAACGUCACAACCUAUUGCUUGCACCCAGGAAUAAUUAGAACUGAGCUAUCACGUCAUCUGGGUUCCACUUAUGGCUUUGUCGCAUCGUUUCUAUGGAGUAUUCUCAGCUGGGCGUUUAAAACUCCUGAGCAAGGGGCCCAAACUACGAUCUACUGCUCAGUAGAUGAGAAAUGCGCAAACGAAUCUGGAUUAUACUACGCGGAGUGCGCUGUUAAAACUCCUUCGCUCGCAGCAAGUGAUAAAGAACAAGCAAAAAGAUUGUGGAUUGAAAGCGUAAAACUAGUUGGCCUACCAAAAAAUUUUAACCCAUUUAAAAAAACUUAAGUUUUAUAUAUUUGUAACCUUUUUUUAUAUAAAAUGGAAACACUAUGUACACUUACCUAUAAUACUAAUAAAGAUUAUUAUUCUUCA